AAGAACAGGGUUUUAGGUAUGAUUUAUAUCUGUAUACCGACCUUAUGUUCUUCCUUAGGGUUUUAGGUUAAGGUAAUUGUAACAAAUGUCUUCGAAUUUGUUUUUGUUUCCAAACCUAAGGAAUUCGACUGUCUCAAUUAACAUUGCCAAUCAUUAUCAUCGUCUUCUCUUCUUACCACCAAUCCACUGCAAUCUUCCACCUUGUCAAAAACCCUUUCCUUCCCACAAUUUCUCACCUCCCAAUCAUAAAAAUCGAAUUUUUCAUCCACGCCCGCUACCGCCGUUCUUUGUAGCAGUCGGAGAUACAUCGUCGUCGUCUAAUGAGGAAGAAGAAGAAGAAGCAGAGGCGAGAGAGGCCGUGUCGGAGCUUCUUCAAGAUUAUGGAGUUUCGAAGGAGGAAUCCAUUAAAAUAGCUUCGAAUUCUCCCAAGUACUUGGCGAUGGUCAUCGAUGGCGUUCGCGACUUGGACGAGCUCUCCUUGUGGAAUUCUUGGAGCGGUGAAAAAGGUGGCGUAGAGAGUUCACCUUCGUUCAAAAAGAAGGUCUAUCGAAUGGCGAAGCAGAAAGGCGAUAAGGGGUUGCUUCCUUUCUUCGAAAGUCUCGGCCUCAGACUGUCUUCUGCCUUACGUGUUGCCCGUUAUCUCUCUUCCCAGACACUUCCCGACCUCAUUCACAAGUAAUGAAGGACGUAUUGGGAAAAAUGCUCGCCGUAUGAUGAUGCAUCUCUCUAUUCCUGUGGAUGAGGAUGUCCAACAAACCUUGUCAUUUUUUGAGAAGAUGCAAGCAAGGCGUGGAGGUCUAGACUCGUUGGGUUCCAAUGAUGCCUCUUUUUGCUGUCUCAUCGAAUCAUUUCCACGCCUUCUUUUGCUACCUGUAGAAUGCAGUAUGAAGCCCCUAGUGGGAUUUCUUGAAGAUAUUGGAGUCCCCAAAGGAGGCAUGAGAAAAAUUCUUCUAUUAUUUCCACCCAUUAUUUUCUAUGACGUUGAGAAGGAUAUUAAAUCAAGAAUGAAGACUUUUCAGAAAUUCGGUGCAGGGGACAAAGAUUUUGGCCGGAUGUUGGUUAAGUAUCCAUGGAUUCUGUCUACCAGCAUUCAAGAUAACUGUGAGGAAAUCCAUUCUUUCUUUGAUAUGGAGAAGGUUCCAGAAGUCAGUGUUCACCAAUCUGUCAAAAGCUGGCCACAUCUUUUGGGUUGUUCAAUUGGCAAGCUGAGGCUGAUGGUUAAUCAGUUUGGUGAAUUAGGUGUCAGAGACAAGAGGUUGGGCCAGGUCAUUGCCAAGAGUCCUCAGCUACUACAACAGAAACCUCAGGAAUUUUUGCAGGUGGUAUAUUUUCUGGAAGAUUUGGGACUUGAUGAGGAAACCAUCAGUAGGAUGCUUGGUCGCUGUCCUGAAAUUUUUGGUACAAGCGUUGAGAAAACCCUCAAGAAAAAGAUCGAGUUCCUUAGGGGCAUUGGUGUCUCUGAAGAACAUCUUCCUCGGGUCAUCAGAAAAUAUCCAGAGCUUUUUGUAUGUGACAUCAACAAAACUUUACUUCCUCGAAUGUUAUUCUUGAUGAAGAUUGGCCUUUCAAAAAGAGAUGUUGCGCUCAUGGUUCACUGUUUUUCACCAUUACUAGGCUACAGCAUCGAAGAGGUUUUGAGACCCAAAUUAGAAUUCCUAGUGAACACCAUGGAAAAGCCAUUGAUGGAUGUGGUGGACUACCCAAGGUACUUCAGCUACUCGUUGGAGAAUAAGAUAAAGCCCAGAUAUUGGGAGCUUAAGUGUAGGAAUUUCGAGUGUAGCUUGAAAGAUAUGCUGGGUAAGAAUGAUGAGGAGUUUGAUGCUGACUUUAAGGGUGUUUGAAAGAUUGCUUGACUUCCCUCCCAAAUGAAUGGUUGUGUUGGACUCCAUGCUUGUACAUUAGGCAGCCCUUGUAUAUAUAUUGAAACUAAGUUCUUGGAGAAUUUUCCUCUCUCCUCUCCUACUGUUUUUUGAAUGACUUAGAUUGUCUUAAAAGUGACAACAUGG